AUGGCUUCCUCCGCUUUCAAAACCGCCCAGUACCACAGCGAGCAAUUUGUUGAGAGCAGCGGUGCAGUUUUAUUUGAUUUUUCGCAGGAGAUACCUAAAGUGUGCCUCAUCUACUACAUCGAGAAAGAUGAAUGGCUACUGGCUAAAGGACGACGAAACUACAAUGAAUCACGACGUGAGGCUGCUCUACGGGAAGUCCGAGAAGAGACAGGAUACCAAUGCCGCCUCUACCCCAUAUCUAUGCCAACCCGCGCCACAAACCCAUCAGCAACUGAUACCAAUGAUAUGACUGACCAGGCGAGAGUUUACCAUAACCUCACGGAGCCAUUUAUGCUUUCUAUUCGGGAGAUCAAAGAGAGAUCUAGUAUUAAGCUUAUUUGGUGGUAUAUUGCGGAACUUGAGAAGAAUGUGCAAACGAUGGAUGGGGAGGCAGAGUUUAUCUCUGAAUUUUUCAGCUACGACGAAGCCAUACGGCGGCUGACCUUCCAAGGGGAUCGCGAUGUUCUUAUCAAAGCGGUUUCUCUUGUGCAUAGCUCUUGCGCAUCAGAUCCUUGUGGGCAGCCUAGGGACGAUACCACGGUGUUGGAUUGGCGGUCUGGUAAUUAG